GUCGGCUCUUAUCAUUAUGUUUCUGGUGUCGACGCUUCUUCUUCAGCUACCUUGGCAGCAUACCUCAAUUCACUAACUUACGCAUUGGAAGAAACCCAUGCAUGGUUUUCCAAAUCCUCCGCUUGGAGAAUUCGUUCGGGGUUUGAUUAUUCCAGUUGCUUUAACGCCUUUUCGCGAGUGGACGUGCGCGUUGAAGUUAAGAUUCCUGGUGGUGUCGAAAGCUAUAUCGUAGAUGCGCGUGGUGAAAAACAUGAAGCUACACCGGAGAUGUGGCAAGAAACCUACAUUUCUGCACUUCUACGCGCUAUACUUUAUUCAGAUGAUGCCAAUUAUAGGCUUGCUGGAUUUCGCAAAUUAGACCCUAUCCCAAAUAUAGAAGCAGAAGCCCAUUUCUUAGAGGCUGCUGAAGCUCUUUUUUUUAAAGGUUGGCAGCUUGGGUCAGAACCAGAAAUUCAAGUUGCAACUGUUGUCAGUAAUCAUUUGACUAGUGGCAUUAUGAAAUAUUUUAGUGAAAAUUUUAGAUAUGAACGUGCGUGUUUUCUCAACAUAAAUACACUGUACUUAAAAGAUCCUGAAGUCGCUUCGUUACUUGCACAAUCGUAUAUAGGGAUGGAUGAGGAAAUAAAGGCGGUUAAUAUUUUAUACGAAGCCCUAAAACAGAAUCAAAUGAGCUAUGCACUUCUACAUAUUCAAACAGAUUUUUUAUUGUCCAAGGGAAAAAAGUCUUUUGCUCUUAAACUUGCUAAACAAGCAGUAAAUUGUGCACCAUCUGAAUUUGUCACUUGGGCCAAACUUACUGAGGUGUACAUUGAUCUUGAAGAUUAUGAAUCUGCAUUGUUGACUCUGAAUUCUUGCCCAAUGUUUACAUAUAACGAUAGAGACAUGCAUAGAAUGCCAACCCCAGCAAAGACUCAUCUUCCGAUUAAACAAGAGAUUGCAAAUGUUGGACUUUUGGACGAUGACAAUGGACGUGACACCGAGGCUGAUGUCGGUCUUCUGCGCCUUCCGGCACCAUCACUUCGAGGUACCUUUGCUAAAGCAUAUUCAUUGUUAACACGGCUGGUUGCCAAAAUUGGAUGGGAUGAAUUAUUAAAAUGUCGAUCCUCUGUCUUCGUAAUGGAGGAGGAAUAUCGUAUGCAAAAAGCUGCUGAGGAAGAACGAAGAAAUCAAAAAUUGGCUAACAUUAAGCCGCACGAAAAAGAAGAUAAUAAAGAGCCAGAUGUCAUAAAAGUUAAGACAAAUGGUGUAAAUGAUUCAUCUCAAUCUAUUCCGACGAUUACAGUAUCAGGUGAUUCCGAUAGCAAUAAGGAAAAUAAUGUUUCAUCAGGUUCACAAGAAAAUAAAACUACUUUAGAAACAGUUGAUGAAAAUCCUGAGCAGAAUUUAGAAGAGACAAAUAAUCAUGAUGACAAUGAAGACCAAGAACAAAAAAAAAAUAUUAAUCAUAAUGCUCCUGUUGAUGAACAAUCAGUUGAUUCUUUAGAAGAAGUUAAUCUGAAUGACGAAAAAUCUGGAGCGGAUGAGACUUCUACUCCAGUAAUAGAAUUCAAGGGUCCUGAACUGGAAAAACCAACACAAGCUGCUAAUGAAGGUAAAAGUGAAGGCCAAAGUCCAAAUAAUGAUGAACAAAGCAAGGAUACUGCAUUAAGAAAAGAUUAUGCGUUCUCGUUCAAUAACAAAAGGCUCUGCGAAAGGUGGCUUGAUAACCUUUUCAUGGUCUUGUACGAGGAUUUGAGGGUUUACACGGUUUGGCGCUCAGAAGUUGCACAUUACAAAGCUCAUCAGAUGUCUUAUCGCAAAACUGGUACCGAAUGGGAAAUUUUGGGAGAUUUAGCAGCAAGACUACACCACAAGGAUGAUGCCAAGGAGGCCUAUACACGUUGUCUUGAUAAUAAAUUUUCGGCUAAAGCCUGGCUAAGACUGCUAGAAAUUUAUGCAGAGGAAGGAGAUGUACAACAUGCUUUAACCGCUGUAGUAAAGUUGUCCGUGUACCAUGAACGAUGGUAUCAUGAAAUAAUUUAUCCAACCGCUGUCGCACAUAAUCUCAACAAAUUGAUUCGAAGCGAGGGGCUAUCUAAAAUACAUUACAACCUUAUCUCCAUGAAUUUAUCACCACCUGUAGCUAAGUUGAUUACGAGAUACCUUAUUUUUGCCGAAACCUUUAAAAUUCCCGGAUCAGAUUUCUAA